UUUUGUUAAUCCCGGCUAUCAGAUUCUCUACCCCCAAAUUAUACCCUGUUUUUUUUUUUUUUGUGGUUUAUGAUUUGUAAAUGGGUUUCUUUUUUUUCAUUAUUUUUGGAUUUGUCAUCUGUGAUUUGAUUCAUUUUUUUGGGGUUUGUGAAAGAGUUUGAUGUGUGGGAUUCUCUAUCCCAAAUUAUACCCUGUUUUUUUGUGGUUUAUGAUUUAUAACUGGGUUUAUUUUUUUUCAUUAUUUUUGGGUUUAUCAUCAAUGAUUUGAUUCAUUUUUUUUGGGUUUCUGAAUGGGUUUUGAUGUGUGAGAUUCUCUACCCUAAAUUAUACCCCGCUUUUUUUGUGGUUUAUAAUUUAUAAAUGGGUUUCUAUUUUUUUCCCCAUUAUUUUCAUGCAUUCUUCUUUAUCUAGUUUGUUGUGAUGAUAUAUCUAAAUGGCUGAGUUCAUAGCAAAGAAAAAAUAUGAGUAGCUAGCUUAUAAUUGUUUAAAAAUUUUUAUAAACAAACUAGUUGCAUGUGGGAUAUUGAUGGAAAAUGCAUUUCGAGAUUGUGUUGCAAAAUGUCUGACGUACAUGUAUAACAAUUUGUAAAUUUUAAUUCGUUUAAGCCUCUGAAUUUUAUGGCCCUGAAUAAAAGCAUGAACUUUCUACUCUAUUAAUUAAAUGAUAAACUGAACUCUAAAUUACCUUACCUGCAUCCUUUAGUAAUCUUCAGUGUUUGUCAAUAACAUAUAUUGAUGUUCCAUAAGUGGUUACAUGAAUAUUAAACUUAUUUAAAUGAUUAUGUUUUUUAAUUUCCUCCACUAAAUACUGAUUAUGGUUACAUAAAUUUUGAUCCUAUAUAAAUGAUGUUGUUGCUUAAAUUCCUUCACUGAAUACUGAUUAAAAGAGUUUAGCGCAAAAUUCAUUUUACUUUCCUAUAGUUUGGCCUAGGAAUGCUUCACCUCCUUCACAUUUCAAAGAUUGUCAUUUCAUUUCAUUCAUUUUACUUUCGUAUAGUUUGUCCUCUGUUUUUUUCUUAUAAAUCUGUCUCCUUUGUUUUCAUUCUCCAUCAAUGUAUGACUAAUCCUCCGUAAUUGUGACCAAAAAGAUGAUGUAAUGGGACUGUCAUCAAUGUAUUACUUGAGCAUUGGCCUUCAAAGUAAGAUUUUCAGACAAAUCACACUUCAGUCUUGCUUUCAGCCUCCCAUCAGUUAAUAUUCUACCAAAAAGCAUCAGCUGUGGACAACGUCAAAUGUUCCCUUAGUUAGAUUGAUUAUCAUAAAAAUCAAUUAAUUGCAUGGUGAUGGAACUAAUUACAUACCUUUGGGUCUAUAAAGUUACACCAAAUUCAUAGUGAGCAGUGGGAAUCUUAAUGGUUUCAGAAGACUGAGAAGGAAUUUCAGUAGAUCCCAUGAACACACUGAUGAGAGUUGGACAAGGCACAGAAAACAAAAUCAACAAGCAUUUAGUAGAAAAUAAAAACUACAUGGGAAAUUUCAAAAAAAAGAAAAAGAAAAGAGAAUGCAUGAAAAAAAUAUGAAAAUGCAGAUCCACCUGUGACUGAGUGAAAAUCUCUGAUUAAGUCCUUUGGUAAAAUCAAAGCGCAUUCCCUCAAACAAUUCUGGCUUUAAGGACACUGCAAAACCAUUUUUUAAGAUAAUCAGCAUCCAUGUAAUGAAGGAAAAACCACCCCAAUAGCUCCAGUGACAUGCAAUCCUUGUACAAGUUAAUUUCACCACAGAACUCUAAUAUUCGGGAGUAUCAAACACCUAUUCUGCAGUAUUUCAAACCACAUUGCAAUGACCAAAAGAUGCUGUAAUGACAUCCAAAUUAUCUUUUUUCUUUAACAUGGUCUAAUUAUCUUAUUUUGCAUUAUUGUUACAAAUUACUUGACUAGAAAUAAUUAUUCAGUAUUUUCUUCAUGUGGAUAUCUACUAUUGCAUGGUUUUCUGUGUAUGUUUGAAUAUACCCACUAUUUGCUAUUGCGAAGUGUCUUUUUGUUAUUUAAUUUUAAUCACAAAAUGAUUGAUAUGAACAGAUGUUAAAUUUAUCUAACUCAAUUAGACUGUACUUCAAACUCACUCUACUAUGGCUUUUUGGCAGUUAUAAUCUGUUUUAUCAUGUUAAACAUUUUCUAUUAUCUAUUAUUUGUUCUACUUUUUGUGCUAACUUUAGCCGCUUAUUGUUUAUUCAUUUUUUGUAGAUGGAUAAUAAUUAUGCCACUAAGAAAAGGAGAAAGGACCUUAUAGAGGAAUUUGUAGCCCUCCAACCUGUUGUUUCAUCCAUUAAUUAUGCAUGUGCUAUGUAUAUAGUGAUUUUACAUGCUGCAUUCAAGAAGAAGGAAAUUAGGUUGCAACUACCUAGUUCACCUCACCUCUAUGGAAAACAAAUUGACCAUUUGAAUAGAUUGGUCAAUGAUAGUGACAUAAAUUGUCAUGACUAACUUCGGAUGAAUAGGCGUACUUUCAUGCUUUUAUGUGGGUUGGUGCGAAAUGUUUGAUUGUCUGAUUCAAAAUAUAUUGUCUUAGAGGAGCAAGCAGCAAUGUUUUUGAAUGUGCUUGCACAUCAUACUAAGAACCGCAAAAUUAAAUUUAAUUUCAUGCAGAGUGGUCACACAGUUAGUAAGCACUUCAAUAAUGUUCUCAAGGCUGUGUUGCGCCUCUAUGGUCUCCUCCUUAAGAAGCCUGAAUCAAUAACUGCUAAUUGUACAGAUGAUAGGUGGAGUUGUUUUCAGGUUCUUGCCUCUGCAAUAGACAAAACAAGGUAUAGAACAAGAAAGUGAGAAAUUGCCGCAAAUGUAUUGGGUGUGUGUAUGUCUUUUGCUUGGAUGGAAAUGAUCUGCUUCUGACUCUAGGGUACUUAGAGAUGCUGUCAGUAGACCCAAUGGGUUGAAAGUGCCUACUGGCCACUACUAUCUCGUAGAUGCGGGUUACACAAAUGGGGAGGGUUUUCUUGCACCAUAUAGAGGAUAUCGUUACCAUCUUUCGACAUGGAGAGAAGGGGGUGCCCCAACAUCUCCACAAGAGUUUUUUAACAUGAGGCACUCUUCUGCUCGCAAUGUCAUUGAGAGGUGUUUUGGCCUACUUAAAAUGAGGUGGGCAAUAUUGAGGACCUAUUCUUACUUUCCAAUCAAGACUCAAUUUCGUAUUAUCACUGCAUGUUGCCUUCUCCACAAUCUCAUACAACGUGAAAUGCCUAUGGAUCUCGCUGAUGAUGAGAAUGAGGAAAUGAAUCCUCCUCCUCCAGCUACUGAAUUAGGAGAUGAAAUGAUUGACGUUGUUGAAGCAUCUGAUCAAUGGAGUGAAUGGAGAACAGCCUUGGCAACCCAAAUGUUUAAUGAAUGGCAAGCAAGUAAAGGUCAAUAAAUUUGUGUUGUAUGACGAUUUUUAUUUAAUAGUGAGAGUUUAUAAUGACAUGUAAUUCAAACAUAUUUGUUUAGUUUUUGUGUGGUAUUUGUAACAAAUAUUGUGUAAGUUGACUUGUUAUUUAUGAUUGACACGUGUGUUUUGAUUUAAACUCAUGAUAUACAUAUAUAUAUAUAUAUAUAGAUAUGGAUGACACAGGUACCACUAGUUCUCGUAAAAAGGAGAAACCUCGAAGGUUUUGGAAUAACCAUGAGGAAGUCUUCCUCAUUACAACCAUGAAGGAUGUAACCGCAAGUAAUCCCAGGUGGAAGCUUGAUAAUAAUCAGUUUAGAGCAGGCUUCUACAAUGAAUGUGAAAAGAAGAUCUUAAGUGCAUUUCCUGGAACUGAUCUUCGAGCCACUCCUCACAUCGACUCAAAGAUUAAGUUGUGGAGGAAACAAUAUAACACUUUUCAAGAUAUGUUAAAGAUAAGUGAUUUUGGUUGGGAUGAUGAACAAAAGACGGUGCUAGUUGAUAGUGACGACGUAUGGCUAAACUAUGUCAGGAGGGUGCCGAAUGCAAAAGGGAUGCGAAAUAGGCCAUUCCCGUUCUAUGAAGAUUGGCUUAUUCUAUUUGGGAAGGAUAGGGUAACUGGUGAACUAGCUGGGGAUCCUGCUGAUGCAGUUGCAGCUAUGGAAAAGGAAGAUGCGAAUGCAACUACAGAAGAAGGAGAACAGUCUCUUGUUGAACAGUUUAGUAUGAACAUGAGUGAUAUGGACCACUCAAUGUCUACUUCUAAUAAUAUUUCCAACCGUGCUGACUCUACUAAAACUGGAAAAAAAGGGCUCGACCUGCUGAGGGGAUUCCCACUGAACUAUCUUAGAUGGCCAAAAAUCUUGGAUCAUUCAUUGAGAAUACUAAUACUACGAUGGUGGAGAUUGCUCAUAGGAUAUGAUAUUCACAUGACCUAUCCCAACAAAGGAGGUUGGUUAAUGAAGAACUUCUGAAGUUGCCAAUGAGUACUACCCAAAGGUUGAUGGCAGCAUCUAUGAUAGUGAAAGAUGAAGACAAAGUUGACUUGUUCUUCAGUUUAGAUGAGAAUGACAAGAUAGAGUGGGUUUCCUUGUUAUGGGAAGGUCAUAUUUGAAUAUGGUAUCUAUUUUAUGAUGGUCUUUUUGUUUGCUAUGGACUUCGGUAAUAUAUUAUGUGAUACAUAAAUAUUAUAGCUUAGGUGUUAUCGUGGAUGCACAUGGUGCAUAAUUUUGCAUGGAAAUCAUGGAUAUGUAGACUUGCCCUUUCAUGGUGGAUUUCCAUAGUAUGUUUUCAUGGUUGAACUUUUCUUUCAUGUAUGAAUAUAUGGUUAAACUAUUUGGGCUGUUUUUUCCA